AUGUCGAAGAAGAACUCUCCGAACAGACGACGAUCAAUUGCCACCCUUGGACACGGCCACGCAAAGGGCACCAGCCACAGACGGCGCGCCUACAGUAUCGCCCCCGGGGAACGUAUCAGCCCCGCUGCCAAAGCCCGACGACUAUUGGCCCCACGCAAGAGUAUACUCAAAGCCUCCCUCAACCUCCCCCACGCCCGACCUUCAGAUGCAGGCGAAUCCUCUACGUCUGUCGGUGCGGACGACACCGCCAAUAUCACACAGACUAUGGACAUGACAGAAGUACAUGGCGCAGGUCCCCGCAAGAGCCUCGCCCGCCGUGUCAGUUUCGCCGCCCACACCCAUGUCCGCCUCUUCCACAUUCAAAGCCCCGACGUCAACAGCUCCUCCUCCCCAGCAGCUGCAUCUCCCGCUGAGGCUAACGCUCCCGCUUUCAUCACACGAGCUGAGAACGACGAGAACGCAGUCCCCGGGCGACGGCGAAGUUCGUUCCGCCGGCGGUCCUCCGGAGCUUUCAGCGAGUUCGGCGAGCGGUCGAUGGACAUGGAUCUAGACGACACAGCUCCUCUUCCUCAAGACUUCUUGCCGCAGAGAGGCCAGAUGGUCGAUGGUUCUGCGGUGGAAGACGACGAGUUCACAGAGGACGACGAGGAUGAGUCCGACAUGGAGGUCACGGAGGCUAUCGCGCUCAACAUCGAACGUAAGCGUUCUCUAUCUCUCGGUGGUAAUAGAGUGUCCCUCGGCGGUCCCAGCCGUCGCAGAUCCUCCAUCGUCACCGUCACACAGCACCAGAGCGAGAACCAACCUCCGCUUCCGCGACCACAGCACGACCCCAGUGAAACGUCCACGAUCCAGGAGGAAGGCGAGUCGUUUGUGGAGGAGGAUGUGACGGCCUCAUCUGCGCACACCGGAUCCUCGUACAUGUCCGAAGGUUCGUCUGGCGAGCCGAUGGAGUUCACUAUACCUGUGCUGCAGUCCAUGCGACAGCCCAAAGAACCGGACCCCCUUUGGCUGCAGCUUCGGGCUAUGACCCAUGCCGGGAGCGAGCCCUACGAGCCCCCCCCUCCGGAAUCCGACGAUGACGCGCUGCUCAUUCAACCGUCGCCUGGAGGAGGCGACCACGGGCCGUCUCGCUACGACGAGUCUGAGGCGAUGGACGAGAGCGUAGAUGUAGGAGGGGAACAGGACAUGGACCUCACCUCCGCCAUGACGCGCCUGCAGAAGGCGCGCGCAUCGCUUGGCAUCCCGCCCUCGCCAGGUGGACCGGCUGUGGUGGAAGAGGACAGCAGCUUUAGUGAGCAGGAGAUGCGCGAUGAUACGUUCAGCACGGAGGACAGCUUCGGAGACAACUCGAUAGACCUGGACAACCGCACGAUGAAUCUCACGCAGCGCUUGAGUCUCGCGACGACCGAGGAGUCCGGCCUGGACGAGACGGACAUCCACGACGGCGUCUUAAAAGUUCCUAUCACCCCGAACUCGGCUCCUGCCCAGCAGAUCUCACCUCCUGCAGCGUCGAACGCACCAGCCGCCGCGCCGAAACCAGCACCGGAACCUUUCCGUAGCAGCGUCUUCAGCGCGCCCACGCCGGGCGGCUUGUCCUCGAGUGUGUUCUCCGCCCCACCUCCCUCAACAGCACCCAAGCCUCCCUCAUCAACCCCCAAACCUCCCGACGAACGCGCCCGGUCUCCCGCCAAGUCGCCUGGUCCCGCGACCGUCCCGAAGCCGUUCACAUUCAACCUCCCUCGCGCAGGCUCACCCUCAAAGACCCCCGUACCGAAGCCCCCCAGCCAGCUCCAAGCACUACAACCACAACCUCACCGAGGCAGUGCGGCGUUCGCUCCGCCUACCGUACCCAAGUCUCCCAAACGCCCCGCCUCUGCGCUCGAGACCCCAGGCUCCCUCCAACCCCCCACCAACGUAGGCCGGCUCGACCCUUCGCGGACGGCCGCGUUCGAAGCCCCAGCAGUGGCAAAGAGCGCCACGCAGCCCGUCGCAGGGACCAACGCGAACCGACGCGCGAGCAUGAGCAUCCGCCGCCCGUCCGGCUACUUCGCGCAGCGCAAGAGCCUCGGGGCCGGUGUCCUCCCUCCCAAUCCGAACGGCAGCCGUGCGAGCAGCCCGGAGAAGGUCUCGGGCGGGGUGGGGCUUGCGAAGCCUCGCGCGAGCGUGGGUGCCCAGCCCUCGGGGGCGGGUUUGGGGUUCCCGCUGUCGCGGACCCGGAGUGAUCCUGGACCUUCAGCUGGUGUUGGCGGCCAGCCGGAGAAUGGGAGUGCGAUGUAUCCCGACCUCUCGGAGCUCGCGCAGGAAAGUCAACGGCAACGGCAACGAGCCGCGAGUCCAGUUCCUCCCUCCGCCCCUGCUCUGAACAAGGGGAAGGAAAAGGAGAGCGAGGAGGCGACGCGACAAGCUGUCGCUCCGCCCAGCCCUGUGCGAGCUUCGCCCGCUCCUGAGCCCAGGUCGGGUUCCCCGGGCUUGCCUCAUCGCGUUGCGUCCCCGAUCUUAGGCUCGCCAGCCAACGCUCAUCGUGCUGCUUCGCCUGCGACGGCCUCGCCCGCCGGCCCUCAGGGCACUGCUUCGCCCACGGAUGCGUUCCGCGUUGUAGACGUCUCGAUGGCUAUGGACAUCGAGCCUCCUACGCCCGGUGGUACGGGCGUUUCGCAGGCCUGGAGAGAGAGCGUCCCUGAGGAGCCGCAAGACGAAGAUGGACCCUCCAUCUCGAUCGAGCAGUUCUUCCAAAUGACAGGCAUCCGCUUCAUGGAUGAGCUGACGAUGCCUCGCCCGCGCCGCUCCACGGUCGGCCCUGGGCAGCUCCGUCCGCGUGCACGCCAACGGCCCUCUGGCCCAGACGACCUCGCGACAAGCGGGGCAGAGGAAGAUCCUAUUCCGCUCGCAGAAUUUGCGAUCGCGAUGGCGGUGGACAUGCCGCGGAUCGACCUGUACACGGCCGUUGCGCGCGACUUGAUGGCGUACAUCCAGGAGUGCAAGAAGAUCUACCGGGAAGCGGAGGAGGAGGCGCUCAAAGACACUCCGAGUCUCUUCCGCGAGUUCGCGAUGGUCGACGAGAGCGAGCAGGCAAUGUUGAUUCACCAACUGAAGCUCAUCAAGGCGAACAACAUUGGCACUGCUAAGUCGCAGUGGUAUGACUGGAAGCUGCAGUGGGUUGAACAGCUAUAUGAGAGCGCCUCGCAGGGCUUCACCAACCUAGAGCAGGAUGCGACCUACCUCGCAGGCGUCAUCAAAGAGGCGCAGGACCUUUUGCCAGAACUUCGCCAAGAGUAUGAGGAAGUGACCCGUCUCCUCGAGCAAGAGCAAGCCGACAUUGACGAGAUCGAGAACUCGGACCAGGACUAUCUCAACGAGCUCAAGGCCUCUAUAGCGGAGCAAAGCAAUGAGAUCGAAGCCUUCAAGGCAGACGUCUCCGAGGCGAAAGCGAAGCUCGAACGGCUGGACGAAAAGCUUGGGGAGAUCGAGUCUCAGAAGAAGGAAGCCAACACCGCGAUCAACCAAGCUCGCCAUAUCGUCCACAUCCAGAAGGAGAGCACCAGUGCAGAAGUGUUCAGGCUGAAGGCGGAACUCGAGGCAUUGGAAGACCUCCACCUAUGGCACACAACCAAGCUAUCGCCGCAACUUGUCGAGUUUGUCUAUGCGUCCAAAUACCAUGUAUUGGUACCAUGCACCAAGUAUACCCCCAUAUGCGCUCAAGUCCAGGUCCAGAAGACCGAGCAGGCCAAGACGAAGGAGAAGGACUCUUUCCCUAACUUCACAGAGCUUAUUGUCCGGACUGCCCAUAGGCUCAUCUCCGAGUCUCAGGAGAAGCUCAACCUCAGAGAGGUCGUCGAGCGCUUGAGUGACUUCUGGUCGUCGUGCGCGCAGUUCCGUUCCCAGCUUACCUUCCUCGCGAUCAAAUACCCUCUCGUCGUAGAAGGUAUCUUCGACGAUGCCGGAGAAGAGUAUCUGAAAGCGACGGCGGCCGUCAUGUUUCCUAGUGCGAAGGGCAAGGCGUAUAUCUCGUUCCUCUUAGAUAAGGACACCUAUUCCCGCUGGCCGCUUUCUGUCCGUGGGCUCAAAUCGCACGUCGAAGUUGCCUACGGUGCCAUCCAGAGCGACGCCAUCUUGGCAGCCAUCCUCAACCGCUUAUCCCAAGUCAGCCCAGCAGAUAGCCACGGGUGUCUCUUGGACGCUUGCAUCGAAGCGACAGAACAGUAUGAGUGA